AUGGAGGAAGCAGAGCAAACGAAGUCUGACCUACAAGUUGUCGAUGCCCUCGACGCAUUCCUUAAAUGCCCGCUGUUCGAUCCAUCGCUCUGGGUAAAAACCGCAGAAAUACGUGCAUAUAUGGAAGGAAACUCAACAAAUCCCCUUCAAUUCAAGUCCAGCUGCGGAAACUUCACAGAUGGAGAUUUGAGAGAUGUGCUUAUGUUGGUCAAUAUGCGAGCCGGUACCUCGUUUCUUUUGGACGAGUUGGAGCUGGUGGUGUCGUUGAUGAAUUUCAUCCAUGGCAGUGGAGUGGAACUCUUGGACGUUCUGGGAUUGCGAGAAGGGGGGUUGCUUUAUGUUCAGCCAGACUCGCUGGAGUUGCAACCGGCUGACGGAGAGCUGGUAAAAGUUUUCGGGACACUUGAUAUCCGUGUUGGUUCGAAGAACGCGAUGGAGGAUUUGGGGGAUGUGUUUUCCCAGGCGGCCUUAUAA